AUGCUCUUCACGUAUUCUUCGGUUAAAUUGUAGGGGUGCUCGUUGCAGUAGCUCUGGAGGAAUUGCGAAUCGAACUACCAAAAGAAUAAACAAAGGUUCCUUCAGUUUUGAUUGGGCUGCACAAAUGCUUUGCUGGCGGAUAUUGUUACUUCUAGUCUACUUUACGUCCAAUUUUCAUUGCUGGGCAGCCACAAAGGAGUAUACUUCCAGCAAACGAAUGCAGGAAUCUCCAAAAUUUAAAACCAUGUUUCGUUACGGAAGAUCCAGCAACAAGGAAGUCAACAUCGUAAAUGUACAUCCGCGGGCCGACUCCUUUUAUUUAGGAGGUCCAAGAUAUGGAAAAAGAUCUACCAAGCUCAAACUUCCAAAUGGGAAAUUGUUCUCUCCCCCGACCAUUUGCAGGGUAAAUAGGUCGUGUACUUACCUCGGGGUGUCAAACCUUUACAGAUGUACUUCGGGACCGUACGAUACCUACUCCAACGUAAUAUAAGCUGCAGAGCACCGGACGAUCUGAAAAAUCCAAUAAACGAUUGCAUUCAUGUAAUUUACUCUGGCUGGGUGUCAAAUUCAUUUAAGUUUGCAUUGUUUCUGUAUAGACUAUGUAAAAUAAAGCUGUUUGUUUUACUGUAUGUUAAAUUAUUAAACAUUUUUGUUUUCUUUGUGCGCCUGGUAUUUUUGCGUGCAAAA